UUCAACUGUCGAAUGGCCACACUAUUUACCACAAGCUAACAUAGAACAAAAACGUAUUAAAAUUUAUAAUUAAUUUAAUAAAAGAUUCGCACAGUUUAAAAUAAACCAAAAAUGACCACAGCAGCCCGUCCCACAUUUGAUCCCGCCCGUGGUGGUUCUGGGCGUGGCGAGAAGGAUUUGAGCGCAUUGAGCAAACAAUAUUCCAGUCGUGAUUUACCUGGACACACAAAACUAAAAUACAGAGAAACUGGACAAGGCACUAGCGAGGAAAUCCGCAACCGUGAUUUUCGCAAGGAGCUGGAGGAGCGCGAACGUGAUGCCCGCACUGGUUCUAGCACGGGCAAGGCUUUGCCCUCCAUUGUGCGCAAGGCCAUUGAGGCUAACAAUACCAGCAGCAGCAGUAGCAGUAGCAAGCGAACCAAACUGGACAGUCAGGCAGCACAGCAGCAGCAACAACAACAACAACAGGCCGUAAAUUUGGAUGCCGAUGAAGCAGUGGAUGAUAGCUCCGAUUCGGAUAGCGAUUCCGAUGAUGAUGAUGCUGCCCUUUUGGCGGAAUUGCAAAAGAUCAAACAAGAGCGUAUGCAGGAAACGGCUAGACGUGAGGCUGAAAAGAAGCAGGAAGAUGAACGGAUACGUAUGGAAAAUAUUUUAUCAGGUAAUCCGUUAAUCAACUAUGAGCCCGGGGUCCAGGCCUCGGCAGCGGGUCGUGCCUCCGGCAUGGGUGCCGAUCUCAAAGUGAAACGUCGCUGGGAUGAUGACGUUGUGUUCAAGAAUUGUGCCCGUUCUGUGCCUGAGAAGAAGACACAUUUUGUCAAUGAUGCACUACGCUCUGACUUUCAUAAGAAAUUCAUGGAUAAAUAUAUUAAGUAGUAGCCUCUAAGAUACCUCAAAUUGUAACUUUUAAUAUAUUUUUUGUUCUCUUCUUCAAUUCUUUUGUCAAAUUAAAAUCCUAAUUUUGUAUCCAUA